GAAGUGGUUUGGGCUCGUGACUAAUAUUAGCUGUAGCUGAAACUAGCAAGCCGGUUGUAUUGUGUGAGGAGAAGAGCAGGCUGUCAAGAUGGGCUCGUUGUUCCGAAGUGAAGAGAUGUGUUUGACCCAGCUGUUUCUGCAGUCUGGAUCAGCGUACGACUGCAUCAGCGAACUGGGAGAAAUGGGUAUGGUGGAAUUCAGAGACCUCAACCCCAGCGUGAAUCUAUUCCAGCGGAAGUUUGUCACUGAGCUAAAAAGAUGUGAGGAGAUGGAGAGAAUUUUAGGGUACCUUCUAAGAGAAAUCAAGAGGGCAGACAUCCCACUUCCAGAGGGAGAAGUGAACCCGGUUGCACCCCUGCCCAAGCAUGUCCUAGUUAUAAUGGAGCAGUUGCAGAGGUUGGAGGUGGAGCUGAGCGAGGUGACCAGGAAUAAGGAGAAGCUACAGAAGAACCUCCUGGAGCUGACAGAGUAUACACACAUGCUGCGUAUCACACGCAACUUUGUGCACCGCAGCGCAGAGCGUGAGCCCCCGCAGGCCCAGUAUGAGGAGUUCCCCUUCCUAGAAAAGGAUUCCAUGAUGGACUACAGCAGCAUGCAGCGACUAGGGGCCAAACUAGGGUUUAUAUCAGGGCUGAUUCAGAGAAGAAAAAUAGAGGCCUUUGAGCGCAUGCUGUGGAGAGUGUGUAAGGGCUACACCAUCCUUAGCUACUCUGAGAUUGACGAGUACUUGGAGGACCCUGACACGGGUGAGCCAACUAAGAGUGUGGUUUUCCUCAUCUCCUACUGGGGCGAGCAGAUCGGACAGAAAGUCAAGAAGAUCUGUGACUGCUACCACUGUCACGUGUAUCCAUACCCCAACAGCAAUGAGGAGAGGAAUGAUGUUGUGGAGGGACUCAGGACUCGCAUCCAGGACCUGCACACUGUACUCCACAGGACAGAGGACUACGUGAGACAAGUCUUGAACAAGGCCUCUGAGUCCGUCUACACCUGGGUCAUCCAGGUUAAGAAGAUGAAGGCCAUCUACCACAUCCUCAACCUGUGUAGCUUUGACGUCACCAACAAGUGUCUGAUAGCCGAGGUGUGGUGCCCUGUCAACGAUCUGCCCAUCCUGCGGAGGGCAUUAGAGGAAGGCUCGAGGAAAAGUGGAGCCACGGUGCCUUCUUUUGUCAACCGUAUUCCCAGCAACGACACUCCACCAACCCUAAUAAGGACCAACAAGUUCACAUCAGGCUUCCAGAACAUAGUGGAGGCCUAUGGAGUGGGCAACUAUAGAGAGGUUAACCCAGCUCCUUACACAAUCAUCACCUUCCCCUUCCUGUUUGCUGUGAUGUUUGGAGACCUGGGCCAUGGUGUGAUCAUGGCUCUGUUUGCUCUCUGGAUGGUGCUGUAUGAAGACAAUCGCAAACUGAAACGCACCAGGAACGAGAUCUGGAACACAUUCUUCGAGGGCCGCUACAUCAUCCUUAUGAUGGGCUUGUUCUCGGUCUAUACCGGACUCAUCUACAACGACUGCUUCUCCAAGUCUCUUAACAUCUUUGGCUCGGGCUGGAGAGUCAAUGCCAUGUUUAAAUCUGGAAAUUGGACUUGGGAUUCCACACUCCGCACCAAUGCCUUUCUGACCCUUGAUCCCAAUGUCCCUGGGGUUUUCAAUGGACCCUACCCUUUGGGCAUUGACCCGAUUUGGAACUUGGCGUCAAAUCGUCUGACCUUUCUGAACUCCUACAAGAUGAAGAUGUCUGUGAUCGUUGGUAUCAGUCACAUGAGCUUCGGGAUCAUCCUAGGUGUCUUCAACCACCUGCAUUUUAGGACAAAGUUCAACCUGUACUUGGUACUCCUCCCGGAGCUGCUGUUCCUGCUGUGCCUGUUUGGCUACCUGGUCUUCAUGAUCAUCUACAAGUGGCUGGCCUUCUCUGCACGCGACUCCCAGAUGGCCCCCAGCAUCCUCAUCCACUUCAUCAACAUGUUCCUCAUGCAGGGGGACGGGGUGCCACCCCUCUUCCCAGGACAGUUUGGGCUGCAGAUGUUCCUAGUGGUCAUUGCUCUACUAUCGGUGCCUGUCUUACUGCUGGGGAAACCAGUCUACCGCUACUGGCUGCACAACGGAGGAGCCAACCGCAUUGGAAUGUACAGGGGUUAUGAGCGUGUGCGGCGGCACAGCGAGGAGGAGCUCUCCCUGAUGAGGGAAAAUGACAUGGAGGAGGGCAGUGUCCCCAGUGACCUCUCCACCAGCAGAGAGCAGCAGAAAGAGGAGUUUGACUUUGGGGACAUGUUCCUGCACCAGUCUAUUCACACCAUAGAGUACUGCCUGGGCUGCAUCUCCAACACAGCCUCCUACCUGCGCCUCUGGGCUCUGAGUCUGGCACAUGCCCAGCUGUCGGAGGUGCUGUGGUCCAUGGUGAUGCGGUUGGGCCUGCGGAUGGACACCAGCCUGGGCAUCAUGUUUCUGGUGCCGGUGUUUGGGAUAUUCGCUGUGCUCACUGUGUCUAUCCUCCUGGUUAUGGAGGGACUGUCUGCCUUCCUCCAUGCUCUCAGGCUGCACUGGGUGGAGUUCCAAAAUAAGUUCUACACUGGGACUGGAAUCAAGUUUGUUCCAUUUGCCUUCUCCCUCCUGCCCUCCAGCUUUGAGCAUGAUGGCUUGCUGUGAAUGGGACACAAUGCUUCUGCCCUCCCAGAGGCAAACUGACACAAUGUGC